AUAAAAACAAAAAACGGUUGAAGGACAGCCAGUGAAUUUUGAAGUUUCCAUUCGAAACUCCGUUCUUUGAUGGAAAAUGUUGCAACACUUUUGUGGAUUUUCUUUCCUCCCAAACCUUUCGGCACGAAACGAAACGAAACAAAAACAAAAGUCACCGACGGCCGCAGCGAUGGGAGAAGACCGGAUCACGAGAGACGUCCUUUUGUCUCCGGACGAGCGCUACGACGUGUGGGAAAUAAAGAGGGUCGAGCGUCCCCACCUGAUGGAUUUCGAGAACGAAGAGGAGGAAGACGAUGCGGAGACGGAUGCCGGUGCCGACAACGGCGAGCCGCUCCCGCUGGUCGACGGCUGCGACCUGAGGGGCUGGCGGCGCUCGGGGCUGGUGGACGUCUCCCCCUGCACCAGGGCCGCCCUCCGCGUCGGCCAGGGGUGCACCCUGAUGCGCAGGGAGAGCCAGCUGCCGGUGCUCUCGUCUAGGAGCCUCUCCCGCUGGAACGAGCUCCGGGCCCGGCUCCUUGCGCCGCCGCCUCCUUGCCGGGAGCCGGCGCGGAUAGGGGCGCGCGAGGCGGUGGCCCUCCCGCACCACCCGUGGUUCGAGCGGGAGAACCUCCCGGUGGUCCUGGAGGGCCUGACCGAAACCUGGAGGGCAACAGAGACCUGCACCCUUUCGAGCCUGGUGGAGGCCUUUGGGGAGACCCAGUGGCGGUUCUCCGACACGCACGGGGCGACGAUGGCCCUCUCGUCGUACCAAAAGUACGUCGGCUCCCUGGAGGGCCUGACCGACGACGCCCCGCUGGCGGUGUACGACUCGCAGCUGGAGGGGGACGGCCGGGCCUCCCUGCUGGGGGACUACUCGGUUCCGGGGUGCUUUGCGGCCCCCGAUCUCUUCCGGGCCAUGGCCGGGGACGAAAUAAAAGGCGACGACGACGACGACGUUGACGACGACAGCGAGGACGACAGCGAUGACGACGAAAACGAAAACGAAAACCGGCCCGAGCUGCCGCCCUACCGAUGGAUUCUGAUCGGUCCGGCCCGAUCGGGCACGGGCCUCCACAUCGAUCCACUAGGUAAUGCCAUUCCAUUCCAUUCAAUCUUGUCUUGCUUGCUAGCUAGCUAGCAAGCUAGUCGGCUUGUUGGUUUUCGUUUCGUUUCGUUUCGACAGCGAUGACGACGAAAACGAAAACGAAAACCGGCCCGAGCUGCCGCCCUACCGAUGGAUUCUGAUCGGUCCGGCCCGAUCGGGCACGGGCCUCCACAUCGAUCCACUAGGUAAUGCCAUUCCAUUCCAUUCAAUCUUGUCUUGCUUGCUAGCUAGCUAGCAAGCUAGUCGGCUUGUUGGUUUUCGUUUCGUUUCGUUUCGUUUCGCGUCUCACAGCGACUUUUGUUCUUGCAUUUCCGUUCCUUGCCUUGCCUUUCCGUUCCUUGCCUCGUCUCGUCUUUUCUCGGCUCCAGGCACGCACGCGUGGGUGACCCUUUUGGAGGGCGCCAAGCGGUGGGUCCUCUUCCCCUACGGGACCGACCCGUCGUCCAUCGGGAUGGGGGACCCCCAGGUCCCGUCGGCGGUGUGGUUUUCCGGUGGGUGGUACGAGCGGGCCCUGGAGGCCCACCCAGGGGCCGUCGAGGUCCUCCAGCUCCCGGGGGAGACCGUCUACGUUCCGGCCGGCUGGCCCCACCUGGUCCUGAACCUGGACCUCUCGACGGCGAUCACCCACAACUACGCGACGGAGUUCCCCUCGCUCGAGCGGAUCCUGGGGGCCGCCGAGCGGGAGGAACCGGGGCUGGUUUCGGCCUGGAGGGACUGGCUGCGGAAGGAGCGGCCCUCGUUCUGUGAGAAGGCCGGAGCGUCCUUUGGAAGCAGCGCCAGAAGGGAAGGAUCUCUGGCACCUCCUUCCGAUGCGGAAUGACGCUUGAGCACACAAGGAACGCCCUGUUUCGAAAGCGGCCAUCCACACGACCCAACCCGCAAUGGGCAGCUACCGCGCCACGAUGGUACAACGAAUAGGAUACUACGAAUUCGAAACCCCGAAACAAUCCUACCA